GAAACACAGAUAGACAAUUACUUACAUAGCGAAAAGACCGGCGUGUGUGCGCCUUUCUACAAACUAUACAAUAUAAGUACACCCGCUGGCGGCGCUUCUAUUCUCCCUUUCGCUCGCAUUCUGUAGCUUGUCCAUCUCGCUCGGUGAUGUGUAGGUGUACUCCUUGCUAAUACAGGCAUACGCGCGGGUAUAUAGACAGUGUGUACACCGCGUGUAUAGCAUAUGUACAAUAGGUAUACACCAGGAGACGGCGAAUAGUGCGCGAAGAGGCAUCAGCAGUCAGUCGGCUACAUAGUGACGAUACAUAGGCUGCAGGCGGGAGAGGGAGAGAGAGAGAGAAGGGCAUCAGUGUGUAGUGUGUACCGCACGAGAGACGAGAGAGAGAGAGAGAGAGAGAAAGAGAGCGUCAGUUGCUCGCACAGGCCUAGUGAUACCUCGCUCUCUGGGACGUCUCAGCGCGCCAGAGAGAAAAGUUCGCAAGCGCGCGCGGAGGGGAGGAAGAUCGGUGCUGAAGCUUGGUCAGCUUUCUCUUUUAUUUUCCCCCGUCGUCUCUUCUAUAGCCUAUAUAUCUCGAAGCGAGCGCGAGAGGGGAAGGAGGGAGGUGCGUGCGCGUGUGUAAAGUGUCCGUGUGUGUGUGUGUGCUGUGUGCAGCAGAGGGUCGCGGGGGACUAGCGAGAGAGGGAGAGACUAGAACAGCCAGCAGCAGCAGUAGCAGGAGCAGCAGUAGCUGUAAUCAGAGGCAUCUCUCUGGUGGGUUAUUGUGUGUGCGAGCUGAGUCUCUCGUAGAAGACGACGACGACGGCGGUGACCUCAGCCUCGCGCGCACCCGAGGGGUUUAAUGGAUCCGAAGAUCGGUUGGUAUCAGCCCGAGCAGUACGGUCCCGCCAAGGACUUGUGGUUGCACAUCUGGGAGACCGGAAGGGACCUCGACACCCUCAGUCUCAAGCACGACAACAACGCGAGCCUGCAGCAGCAACAGCAGGGCGGCGGUAGCACAGUCAUGAACUCGAAGAACAGCUCGUCCCAGGACUUCCUGCCUCUCGAGGCCCCGACGACGCUCAACAGCAACCAGCGGCCCGACGAGCGCAACAACACACGUGUCAACAGCAACACCAACAACAGCUACUACAACCCGUCCAGGAGGAAAAACGACAACCGCGCAAGCACCUACGGCAUGAAUUACAACUACGAGGCCCUCGUCGGCGUCUUCGGGGGCUGUCCCUGGAGAAUACCCGGCAAGCACUACUCCAGGGGUGUCCUUGGAUUGCACGAGGAAAUUGAAGACUUCUUCACUUACAUGUGUCCUACGAAUGAGGAGCACCUUCUGCGAGUGAAGGUCAUCAAGAGAAUAGAGAAUGUCAUAUAUGAUCUCUGGCCGGACUCAAAGGUGGAGAUAUUUGGGAGCUUUCGCACAGGAUUAUACCUACCCACAAGUGAUAUUGAUCUAGUUGUGAUAGGCAUGUGGACAAACCUGCCACUGCACACACUUGAACGAGCACUAAUUGAUCAAAACAUUGUUGAGCCAUCUUCUGUUAAAGUAUUAGAUAGGGCAUCAGUUCCUAUUGUCAAGCUCACAGAUAGAGAGACUGAGAUCAAGGUGGACAUUAGUUUUAAUAUGAACAACGGUGUGAAAUCUGCGGAAUUAAUCAAGACUUUCAAAAGGCAGUAUCCUGCUCUUGAAAAGCUGGUUAUGGUACUCAAGCAGUUUUUAUUGCAAAGAGAUCUCAAUGAAGUGUUCACUGGUGGUAUCUCUUCGUAUAGUUUAAUUCUCAUGACUAUAAGCUUUCUACAGUUGCAUCCUAGAAAUAAUAUCAGCAGUCCAGAUGUUAAUUUAGGAGUAUUGCUAAUAGAAUUUUUGGAGUUGUAUGGUAGGAAAUUCAAUUAUGUCAAGACUGGCAUUCGUGUGAAAGGUGGUGGUACUUACAUAUCAAAAGAAGAGGUUCAAAGAGAGAUGAUCGAUGGACACAGACCGUCUUUAUUAUGUAUAGAAGAUCCACUGACGCCAGGCAACGAUAUUGGCCGAAGUAGUUAUGGUGCUUUGUAUGUAAAAGAUGCUUUCGACUGGGCUUACUAUGUACUUUCACAAGCAGUCAAUCCUCUCAAUAUUCUAGUCAAUGAUGCAAAUAAAGUCAGUAUAUUGGGAAGAAUCAUAAGAGUAACGGACGAAGUAAUAGAUUACCGAAAAUGGAUUAAAGAAACAUUCCCUGCACCAGAAGCAGAUUCGCUGUCCAGCUCGACUGGUUCAGAUGCGUCCACACUUUCAGCUCCUGCGAGUGAAUCGGAAUCUGAGUGCAGUAGAGGAAACUCGCCCAACACAGGAGAAAAGGGUGAGGAGAAAAACAAAGACAGGCAUUUAUAUAACAAUCAGCAAUCUCAUGGUCAUCUCACGUACAAAAAGCCAUAUAAACCAACUUCACACGUAAACCAUCAUAUUACGCGGGGAGACUACACACGCGGCAUAAACAAUCACACAGGUGGACAUGGUAAAACGAAAAACAAUCAUCAUAUUAGUAAUAAUAAUAAUAACAAUGGCGGUAAUCAGAGCCCAGGUUCGAGACUGCAUGCGAUGAAGCGUAAAAAGAACAUGAGCAUGAACAUCACGACCCGUGGCCCAGGUGAUUGUGUGCGGUGAUGAAGCGUACUGCGUGUUCCUGCGUAAUCUUAUUCUUUCAAGGAUCAACUAACUCGGAUAGUCCAUCCGAGGGUAAAUAUCUAUAGCAAUACUGGUACAGUCCGAUAUCAUACUAAAUCGAUAAGCGUUUUACAUACAUUUCUCGAUCGACGUGAGAUUUUUGUACUAAGCAUUUGAAUCGGUAAACGAACGUCUUUUUUUAGUUUCUUAGUACGUGAAGAAAGCAUCGUUCAUGUAGGUUCUCCCCGUUUUCCCUUGAUGAACGUGCGCCAUUAAUUAUUUUUGAUGAUUGCUGUAGAACUAUUCUAUUCAUUUUACCGAGCGUGGCCAAGUAACCAAAAGUUCUCGGAACGUAAUUUUAUUGACGGAUCACAUGCGUGUUGCACUUGGUUAUAUUUGCUCUUAUGCCGCUACGACUGUGCUUGAGUUUAAUAUUGUGGGCUGAAUGCGUGAAACAAAAACUGCCGGAACUUGGUUACCUGGGCGUUAUAUUCUAUAAGAAAAAAAAAAUUAAAAAAAAGUAGGAAAAGGACAUUCUUGCGGUAUUGUGCACACAUUUUAAAGGAAACUAGAAACUGUGUUCAACUGUAACGCGUGACAUUAUUUUCGUCUGCCUGGCACCGACGUACUAGAAACAGUCUUUUAAUUAAGUAUAAUGUCACGUUUUUCCGUAAGACUUUGCGAUAUAUGCCAGGAGAUAUAAAAAUAUUGAUAGUUGCGAAAAAGACUUAGUUUUCUAUAUGAAACUAUAUUCUUAUAAAAUAUAAAAAGCAUGAAAAGCUAAAAAAAAUUAUGAAAAAGAAGAAUGGUGAUAACGCAGGACUUGCCUAAUGUAAAUAAUGUAAUAUAAACUAACGAGAUACGAAGCAUUACGAGUCUUAUGCAGUUACCCUAGUAAAAGUUUUUAUUUUGAGUGUAAUUAAAUUAGAAAAACAAGGAGGAAGAAAAAAAGUCUUAAGUACCUCUUGAAACGAGUGUUUCAGUAUGGAUAACGAAUCCAUAGAUUUAUUAUUCGCGAUAUAAGGUUGACUAUGACUUCAUUUUUCUUUUGUAUAAUAUUGCUUUCCUCCUAGAUGUACAGAGCACUUUGUACAGAUAUUGUCGUUGAUUUUCUAGAGCGUUAUUACUGAAUCUUGUAUAUGUGAAUGCCAGUUUUAAGAGACUGUACUUGCAUGUACGAGCCUAAAACUACACGUCAACUCUGCUAUAUGUAACUUGAUAUAAACGUGUACAAAGUUACGGAAGACUGUAUGCAUAAAACUUAAGCGGUCUUUGUAAGAUAUCGACUUUAUUUAUAUACAAUACUGUAUCAUAAUCUCAAGUACAAACAUAUAGUUCAUUACGUUUCGUAAUAAAAUAAAAAAACUACAGCCCGCAAAAAAA